AUGCACUUCCUUUAUUAAAAAUACAUGGAGCGUCGCGAGUGUAGUACACGCGCUUUUGGUUUGGGAAUAAUAAAAUCGGUUUUAUUGUCAAUUUGAAAGGAUAAAAAAGGAAAAAGGAAAAAGAUGACUUGUGUUAUUGGGAGCAGCUGAGAAGUGACGCGUGUCUAAUUACAGCUGUAUCCCAAAUCCCAAGCUAACCGCUUCCCUGGUAGAAGCGGUACCGAUUGCCCAUAACGCUCGCUGACAACUCCAAAACCUAACCUACCCAACCGGUUUCCUUUUACCCUUUCUCUCUCAAAUAUAAACCGCCUCACCAUCCUCAAACCUACUCAAUGCUCCUUCUCUUUUCUUCUUCUACCUCCUAUUCCCUCUUUCACCAUUUCAACUGUUAAUUACAUUUAUGACCCUGUGAAAACCUUUAUACCAAAAGAAAGAUGAACACGGCAAUAACCAGAAAAGAAAUGGAUCGGAUCAAAGGUCCAUGGAGUCCUGAAGAAGACGAAGCUCUUCAAAAGCUUGUUGAGAAGCACGGGCCGAGAAACUGGUCGAUAAUCAGCAAAUCGAUUCCUGGACGGUCCGGGAAAUCCUGCAGGCUGCGUUGGUGUAAUCAGCUUUCUCCUCAGGUGGAGCAUCGGGCUUUCACGUCGGAAGAGGAUGAUACUAUAAUCAGAGCACAUGCCCGAUUCGGAAACAAAUGGGCUACCAUAGCCCGUCUUCUGUCGGGUCGAACCGACAACGCUAUUAAAAACCACUGGAACUCUACUUUGAAACGCAAGUGUUCUUCUAUUAUGAUAGAUGAAUCUCCACCUUUGAAAAGAUCUGUAAGUGCUGGUGCUGCGAUACCUGUUUCUACUGGGAUUUACAAGAACCCUCCCACUCCGGGGAGUCCUUCUGGAUCCGAUGUGAGCGAGUCCAGUGUACCUAUCGUGAACUCUUCUCAUAUUUACCGCCCCGUGCCUACAAGAACUGUCGCGGCUCUACCUCUCGUAGAAACGAUAACGACGUCGUCUUCUAAAUCCAAUGAUCCUCCAACUUCACUUUCAUUAUCACUUCCUGGUAUAGAUUCUUCUUCUGAAGAUUCAGUUCGUGUAACAGAGCCUGUUACUGGUUUACCGCAGCCUCCUCCACCGCCAUGUGCGAUUCCUUUGGUUCCGAUAAUGACAGCGCCAAUUCCGAUGGCGGUUCCGAUGCAGACACAAAGAGGAUCGGUUGUUCCGUUCAAUUUUAGCGCGGAGUUAUUGACUGUGAUGCAGGAGAUGAUAAGGACGGAGGUGAGAAGCUACAUGGCAGGAUUGGAGCAGCAGAGUGGAAUGUGUAUUACUGAUGAUGGAUUCAGGAAUGCUUCUGUGAAGCGAAUGGGAGUUAGCAGGAUCGAUUCGUAAAUAUUUUCAGAGAAUGGAAUCCAACAAGGGAUGGAUGAGCAAAAUCAGAAAAUUAUGGUUUUUUCAGAUUUGAAAAAAGAUGAACCCUUUUCGUUUUUAUCCUUUUUUUUAUAAUUAAUUUUGAUUAAUGUACAAAGAAGAAUCGUUAGAGACAGUGUUGGUUGGGAUCGGUGAAUGAAAUUCAUUUCCAAGAAAUGGAGGGAACGAAAGGGAUAGAAAAAAAAAUCUGAAACUUCUGCAGUCCUGAAUUCCAGGCUUAGUUGGAAUCUUCGAAAAAGAAGAAAAAAAAAGUUUAAAUUUUUUUAAAAAAAUGUUGUUAUAAUGUUUUAUUUUUGGUUAUGCAAUGGUUAAAUUUCAUUUUCAUUUCGUUUUGAAUCUGAAAACAGUGUUUCAUGCGAUAGAGGGACUUUUGAACAGAUUUUGAAAGUAGUUAAGUUAGUUUAGUGGAGGGGACAUUAGUUGGUGGGUGAUGCUAGUUUUAGAUAUGUAUGUAUGAAGUUUCUAUGUAGGGACCCGAAAUAAUACAGAUCUACUAGUUUAAUAAGUGUUUUAUUCAA